UCAUGCAGGCAUUUAUGUCGGAGGAAGCAAAGUGGUUCACUUCACCCGCAGCUUCUGCAAUCUGCCCAACCUUCCCUGACUGCGGAUUCCGCCAACCCGACAGUGGAGUCAUCCUCUGCUUCUUGGAUUGCUUCCUCGGCAACGGCGCCCUCUACCGCUUCGAGUACGGAGUCCCCCCCUCGGUCUUCCUCGCCAACGACUCGGUGAUCGACCGAGCGAUGCAUCUGCUCCAUGACGGGUUCGGUAGCUAUGAUGUGUUCGAGAACAACUGCGAGGACUUCGCUCUCUACUGCAAGACCGGUCUGCUGUUGCUGGAGGAGCCGGGGGUGGGGAGGAGCGGGCAGGCGGCGUCGUUCCUUGGUGUUCCUCUGGCUGCUCUGUUCUCGACGCCGUUCAAGCUGCUGGCGGCGGGGCCUGUGGGCAUGGCAGCCGUCACUGCCGGGGCGUAUUGUGCAGGCCGAUACAUCACUGAUAUAGGAGUGAGGAAGGAUGUGAUGAAGGUGGCGGUGGACGACUUGGCUGCAACCAUGGGUUGCAGGAGCUCCAAUGAGAGAUUAGUCGGCAACGUUUCUGGUGGUUCGGGGAAUGUACCAUCCAUUGAGGAGGAAGAAAGAGGACGGUGAUGACUGCUGCUUUGCAGCUCAUCACACUGCUGUGCUCAUUGACUGGCUUUUCUUUUAUCUCAUCAAUUAUGUGGUUAAAUGAGAUGUUUAUUCCUAUUUAAA